AUGACAACCGCCAUCUUAGAGCGCCUCAGCACCCUCUCUGUCAGUGGACAGCAGCUCCGUCGCCUGCCUAAGCUCCUCGAGGAUGGCCUUCCCAAGAUGCCUUGCACUGUCCCAGAAAGCGAUGUGCCCCAGCUCUUCCGGGAGCCUUACAUCCACACUGGCUACCGCCCCACGGGCCAUGAGUGGCGUUACUAUUUCUUCAGCCUCUUUCAGAAACACAACGAGGUGGUCAAUGUCUGGACCCACUUGCUGGCAGCUCUGGCUGUCCUCCUGAGAUUCCAAGCCUUUGUGGAGGCGGAAACCCUCCCGUGGACCUCGGCGCACUCCUUGCCCUUGCUCCUCUUCAUCUUGUCCUCUAUCACAUACCUCACCUGCAGCCUCCUGGCCCACCUGCUGCAGUCGAAAUCAGAGCUGUCCCACUACACCUUCUAUUUUGUGGAUUACGUUGGGGUGAGCAUCUACCAGUAUGGCAGUGCCCUGGCUCACUUCUUCUAUAGCUCUGACCCGGCCUGGUAUGAGCGGUUCUGGCUUUUCUUCCUGCCGGCAGCUGCCUUCUGCGGCUGGUUGUCUUGUGCCGGUUGCUGCUAUGCCAAGUACCGUUAUAGGAGGCCUUACCCAGUCAUGAGAAAGAUCUGUCAAGUGGUCCCAGCAGGGCUGGCCUUCAUUCUGGACAUCAGUCCCGUGGCCCAUAGAGUGGCACUGUGCCACCUGUCUGGCUGUCAGGAGCAGGCUGCCUGGUACCACACCCUACAGAUUUUCUUUUUUCUGGUCAGUGCCUAUUUCUUCUCCUGCCCAGUCCCAGAGAAAUAUUUCCCAGGCUCCUGUGAUAUUGUGGGUCAUGGGCACCAGAUCUUCCAUGCCUUCUUGUCAGUCUGCACCCUCUCCCAACUGGAGGCCAUUCUUCUGGAUUACCAAGGACGACAGGAUAUCUUUCUGCAGCGGCAUAGCCCCCUCUCUGUCUACUUGGCCUGCCUCUCGUUCUUCCUUUUGGCUGCCUGCAGUGGUACAACUGCAGCCCUCCUGAGGCGCAAGAUCAAGGCUGAACUGACUAAGAAGGAUUCCUGA